CUCAUCUCUCUCGCCCCACACAACAAAAACAAGCUACCCUCUCUCUCUCUCUCUCUAAAACACAUAGCACAGCACAGACCUUUCCCUUUGCCAUAUAAAAAGAUAAGGUGAAGCAAAAUCAAUGGGUGUUGAAGAAGAAUCAUGCCAAACCCGUCUAGUUUUAGGAUUGGGAUCAAUUAGAGGAGAGUCGAAGAAAUCGCCACCUCUGACUCUCAGCCUGUUUGGUGAAACCAUAGAUGAUCUGUGCGGAGGGCAAGACAGCGCCGCCUCUUCCCUGUCUAACGUGAGCGUCAAGAGAGAGAGGGACGAGGAGGUCGAUGAGACAGAAGAUCACCGAGUUUCAUCGGACGACGACGGACCAAAUGGGAGGAAGAAACUUCGGCUUAACAAAGCUCAGUCUGCGCUCUUGGAGGAAAGCUUUAAGCACCACACCACUCUCAAUCCCAAGCAAAAGCAAGAGCUGGCCAGGGAGUUGAAGCUGAGGCCACGCCAGGUUGAAGUUUGGUUCCAGAACAGAAGAGCCAGGACUAAGCUGAAGCAAACAGAACUAGACUGUGAGUUAUUGAAGAGAUGCUGCGAGUCGCUGACCGACGAGAACCGGCGUCUGCACAAGGAGUUACACGACCUCAAGGCCCUCAAAUUAGCGGCGCCGCUCUACAUGCACCUGCCCCCGGCCGCCACCCUCGCCAUCUGCCCCACCUGCGAAAGGAUCAGCGGCACCACCGCCUCUUCCGAAAAAGCAGCCAAGACCCCUUUUGCUAAGCCACACUUCUACAAUCCCUUCACCAAUCCUUCCGCAGCGUGUUAAUUAGGAAUUUUUAUAUAUAUUAUACAUAUGUUUAUUAAAGAAUUAGUAACUUUUUUUUUGUUCAGUUUAAUUAGGUCCUUAGUGAAAAAUAUCUAGUUACAGAAAUUGGAUAGAUAGUAAAGUGUUGUUAAUGCUGUUUUUCUUUUCUUUAUUUGUAUUUUAAUUUAGUGUAUAUGAUCUAUGAUUUUAGAUUUAGGUGUAGUGAAGGAAUUAUUGAUUGUUGUUUUCUUGAUGACACUUGCAUGUGCC